CACAAAACUUUGAUGCUAGUGUGUGGGGACUCGGGAGUCAACCUCAACACCAUGGUGACGGAGCAGCGUUAUAACAACGCGGCAGGGAGCUCGCUUCUUCUGUGUAAAGCUUAUAGCUCAGUUGCAUUCGACCCCAAUCAAAGCAGCUUCGGAUCCGACCACAACCUACCUUUUACCCCACGAAUCCUUCACAGUUCCCUUGUAUGCUCGCAUUGUCCGUCAUCAGGUGGGCCCGCAGAUAAGUGAGACCGCAAAUUUGCCAGCUAGAAGCGGAGCAACUAGGAUGGGGAACGUUGUGGCGCGCCCGCAAAUGUCAUGGUCGGACAAGCUUCUGGUGCAGUUCCUGCUGUUGGUGGACCGCAUUUGGCCGUGGUACCGUAUGCCGGUGAUCCUCGGGGUCCUGUAUCUGGAUGCGCGGAAGCACCUGAUGCAACGCAACAAUCUGAAGCCAGUCGGCAAAGACCAGAAGUUCAGCUUCGAUCCCAAGGCCUUCACGUAUCGCUCAUUGGACGGCACCCACAAUGACCCAGACGACGCGCAGGCAGGGGCGUAUGGCUCCUUCUUUGGGCGCAACAUGGUACCGCAGAACGAGAUCAACGCUAAGGGUGCUACCUCUCCCCCUGACAUCCAAGACCCUAACCCAUUUUUGGUGGCGCAAACCCUGCUGGCCCGCCCGCCCCGCACUACUGUCCCCAGCAAGCUGUCGCCUUACACCAACACAGGCACCCAAUUCAACGUCCUGGCCGCGUCCUGGAUCCAGUUCAUGAUCCACGACUGGUUCGACCACCUCGAGGGGGGGCCAGGAAGCACUGCCCUGGAGGCCCCCCCGGGACUGAACGGCUGCCCACUCCGCAGGAUGACCUUUCACCCCACGGUUAAGGAGUCGACCGGCAUGACUAACCCACGGGAGGGGCACAUCAACAUCCGCACCCCUUGGUGGGAUGGUUCCGCAGUCUACGGCCAAACCCCCGAGAAGGCCACCUCCCUGCGCACCGGCAAGGGGGGGAAGCUCAUUGACGGCGGGGACACGCUCGCGCACGGCCCGGACGGCGUAGCACGUGUGGGUGACGUCAGGAACUCUUGGAUCGGCGUCAGCCUGCUGCAGGACCUGUUCGUCAAGGAGCACAACGACGUGGCCCAAAUGCUGAGCGAAUGGUACCCGACUUGGGAUGACGACCAGCUGUACAACAAGGCCCGCCUGGUGGUCGCGGCGGAGAUCGGCAAAAUUCACACCAUCGACUGGACGUGCGAGCUGCUCAAGAUGCCCACCCUGAACGUUGCCAUGAAGGCCAACUGGUACGGCCUCUUCGGCAAGUGGGUCAAGGAGCACCUGGGCCACACGGGGAUCUCCGAGCUGAGCGGUUUGGUCGGGUUACCCAAACCCGACAACCACGGCGUGCCCUACUCGCUAACCGAGGAGUUCUGCUCGGUCUACCGCAUGCACAGCCUGCUGCCGGACGAGAUCGAAGUCCUGGACGUGCGCGCGAGCAUACUCGUGGACGGCAAGCCGCCGCCCAAGAAGCUGGUGCCCAUGGAGGACCUGCACGGCAUCCAGGGCGAGCGGACGCUGCUCGAGGAGGGGCCCCUCGUCAUGCUGACGUCACUCGGGUUCCAGUCGUGCGGCCUGCUCUGCCUGAACAACUACCCCAACUUUAUGCGCGACAUCGCGCCGGAGAACGUCGAUGGCACGCCGCGUGGCGACCACGUUGAUAUGGCUGCGCUCGAGAUCUGGCGCGACCGCGAGCGGAACGUGCCCCGGUACAACAACUUCCGGCGCCAGCUGCACGCGGCGCCCAUCAAAACGUGGGCGGACCUGACGGGCCCGGACGACACAGAGACCCAAAGCAAGCUGCGGUCGGUCUACGGAGACGACGUCGAGAAGCUGGACCUGCUGGUGGGCAUGCAGGCGGAGCGAUUCAUACCGGGCUUCGCCAUCAGCGAGACCGCUUUCUACAUCUUCAUCAUCAUGGCCAGCAGGCGCCUGGAAGCGGACCGGUUCUUCACGUCCGACUUCCGGCCUGAGGUGUACACCCCCGAGGGCUUUGAGCGGGUGCGGUCCACCGAGGGAAUAGCGGACCUCCUCAAGAGGCACUACCCAGACUUGUACUCCGCCUUUUUGGCCUCCAAGGGCAUCAGCGGUUUCAACACGUGGGAUGCGGUCCCGCCCAAGACGAGCUGGCUGCCGCAGCUCAUCCAGUUCCCGAGCAGCGACGGGGGGCCGAUCACCACUUGAAAACCGCUCGGUUCGUCCUUCCCCGGGCUCGAAAACCUUUUGGUUUACGAUUCCCCGGGCUCGAGAAUUUCAGUGGUUUCCGUUCCCCGGGCUUGAGGCUCAGGCGCAUCAGAGCUGCAGGGGGCCGGUCGAAGGCCCGUGACUGGCCCCACUUUGCGUGAGCGACUACUUGAAAUAUAUACAAAAGAUUAUAAGCUUUAUCCACCCACUUGUAUAUUGAGACUAUUUUAAGACUGAAAGUGGCUCCGUAUAUACACAUAGUACAGUUGAAUGCAAAUUCCAGACAUUUACUAUUCAGUAGUAGUACUUAUACGUUUUAGGUUGCAAUCUGUUUUGCAACCGGCCACCGACUUAUCCAUAAUAGAAAUGCCCUUAAAGGUCAUCCUUCGUUGUGGGAGUUGAUAAAAUUUGUACCAUAGGUCAUAACCAUGCUGAUUUUGUAGCUAGAAUCCCCCAAGAUCAGAGGCUCGACACCGUUGCAAGACUAUCAGUAUAAAAAGUAGGGCCCGUAUACGGCAUUGCUUCAAACUCCCAUAUGGGAGCGCUAGGGGAGCGCUAUCUCAUCUGUAACACAGCAAAUGUAAUUUCAUCUGAAGGCUUAACGCUUGGCAGGAGAUUAGGGCCGUAGUUGUGUCGGAUCCCAUGGCCCGCAACAUAACAUCCAAAACCCUUAGCAACG